AUGCAAGCUGUAUCAUCUCGCCACCAGCAGGGCGAAAACCCAUCACACCGUGUACCUCGCAAGAGCUCCUCUUUUCUAUCUCUCCGUCGCGAGAAAGAUAAAUCCUCUUCUUUGGCCCUUGAUUCGAACACGUCUACUUCUUCGGGUCCACUCCAUAGCAAGCCCUUUAGCUAUUUCGACGCAUAUCCACGGACAAAAUCCAGUCCCACCUCUCGUUCACACAAGUCUAAAACACGUCGGUCCUCUCCUUCCAGCGUCGGCACGUGUGCGGAAUCAUCGGCGUCUAUACAUCUCCAAGAGAGAUCAAAGGGACCCAAGGAAGCAGCAUAUGCCUUUCCUAGUUUUGACUCUACAGAAGACCUUUCAACGCCCACUCCUUUAAAUACCACACCUUAUCUCCGUACUCGCUCAAGGACAGGGCCUUCAAGCAAGUCAAAAUGGGAUCCAAUGUCAGCAGUCCCACAACUUCGUUUCUCCGGAUCAUCUUCCACUCAACAUACCGAAACUCCCCCCCGCACUCCGGAUGAUUAUCCAUCCUCAAGGGAAUCAUUCGACCAUUUUCCUGUGUUUGUUUCGGCUCCCGUCUCCGGGGUGGAGAUGAUGGAUGCACUGGUUGACGGAAUGAACGGGGGAAGCGUUCUCGGAGCAUCGCCGAGCAUCUCCAAUCGAGCAAGGUUUGGAAUUCCUGGUCAUCACCCUUUGUAUCAACCACCAUUGCCUACUCCACCUCCUGGUGUUGUUCUUGGUGGUGGCAAGGCCAGACGUCCCAAGGUGACACGGAGAGAGUCUUCCAGUGAUUCUGGUGACGAUGAAAAUGACUCGCCCAAUCCAGCGGCUUUCAACGCGCGAUCACGUCGCCGCCGUGCGCGUCCCUCGUCGUCAAGAACGGCGUCCAAUUCCACAAUCACUCCUCUUCGAUCAUACACAUCCGCCGAUGAAAACAUUCUGUCAUCAUCUUCUGUCAGGAACACACCUGCUAGGGAUCCUUCCCGGCCAGGUACGACUCAUUCUCAAAUUGAGAACAGAAAGAGUGUAGUCCCUUCAAUAUCUGAGAUUAUCCGCGCGCAUGCACCCCCUGAAGGCCAAACGAGAUCUCGACCGUCCACAAUACGAUCUUCUUCUCUUUACACUCCUAGUCACGGACAUGGAACAGUCCAUGAAGAAGUCGAAUCAGAACCUGAGCCCCUCACUGUUGAAGAAGAAACUGAAUUACUAUCCCGUUCGUCGAUCGACAGCGUUGCUGAUGAGGUGCAGCGUACUUUGCGCCAUCAAAACACUAUCAAACCACCUCCCUCAGCCCCUCCCUCAGCCUUCCUCAAGCGCCACUCUGUCAUUUCUGACAACGCCAACCCUGGUGCAGCUUCGUCCAUCUAUUCAUCCUCUGCUGCUUCAAUCUAUCAACAGCCUAGCUCGCCUCUCGAUGUCACCUUUUUGUCGCUGCUGAAGCCAUCUCCCUCGCAAGCCGUUGCCCAGUAUCUCCGCUCUGCGAGGUUAACUACACUAUUGCACCUCACACGAUCGCCUCACGCUUCGCCAGACAACCCUUUAACCGUCAGCCUCUCAGAUUUAGGCAAUCCAGGAGGUUUUCCUGUUGUGGUUUUUUUAGGGCUGGGAUGCGUACGUCAUAUCAUGGGCUUAUACGAUGAAAUGGCGGAAUGUCUAGGCUUGAGGUUGAUCACCAUUGACCGUUGGGGACUGGGACGCACCGAACCUCGCUCAAAGUCUGCGAAAGGUAUUAUGCAAUGGGCGUCAGCAGUUGAAGAAGUCCUGGAUCUUCUUCAUAUCAAGCAAUGCAGCGUUAUGGCGCAUUCAGCUGGUGCACCUUACGCGCUCUCAUUCGCGAACAAGCUGCCUUCGCGCAUUCGAGGUGAUGUCUGUCUCCUCGCCCCCUGGGUUGGCGGCAGCGAAAGCAGUGGCUACAAAUGGCUGAAAUACAUACCAAAUGGUAUCCUUAAGACAGCCCAGGCUGCUGAGUGGAAACUACAGGCUUGGAUGAUUGGGAAGCCGCCCACAAUAGCGUAUGAAGGUAUAGGUUACAACGCCCCUCGCCCACAGGAGCCAAAACGAGCUGCAUCCUCCUCUUCGAACGGCAAUCUUAAUGUUGUCUAUCCGUCGAAUGGUGAAGGCCGACCGCGCCCCAGUAUCGGAUCAGGCACUUUUAGCGAGUACGAUGACCUUGGCGAUUUCGAGGGACGUUUCGAGAGUCGCAGCACACUCGGGGCUGGUCAAGGAAACGGAACCGAGAAUGUCAUCUUUGUGAACAAACGAAAAACCUCCAAAGGGUUUCUGGAGAGACUCAAGGGAUCACCCACUUUGCCCCCCUCCCAUCCCGAGGAAAAGCACUCGUCUGGCAAAAAGCUCAAAGGUUUGCGAUCAAUGGGAUCUCUCAAGGGCAAGACCCACGUUCCCCUCCGGAAAUCAGAGUCUUCAAGUCCCCAGUUGCCCCCUCCGUUACGCAUAGAAGUCGGACUAGGACUAGAAGAACUUAAUUGGGCAAAUUCAUUUGCCGCCCAUGCUACGGAAAAUAUGCGAGAAAGGCCAUCUACGACACGCUCAGUGAGCAGUCACGAACCAACUAUUAGGUCUGCAGGUCAACGUUCAAUUUCCUUUACGUCUGGGAAACCGCUAGUUUCGAUGCCCGGCUCUCCCUCGCCCAGCACUGUUACAACCUCCUUCGCACCCUCCAAUGGACCGAAUAAUUACCAAGCGGCGCUGGGAAAUGCUCUCCUUGCCGCUUCUCAUGCUGAAUCUGCCAAGGGAACUCACAAUGAUCUUUUGCAAAUUCUGAAUCACGAGAACCAUUCUUGGGGUUUCUCAUACGCCUCCUACCCGCAUAGAGUUAGAGUCUGGUACGGAGACAAGGACGAGAAGAUUGCGGAGAACGCUGUUAGAUGGAUGGAGCGGACAAUGGGUGCCAAUCGAUGUUCCGUUAAGGUUGUCAAGGGCGCCGAUCAUGGCCUCAUGUACAGAAGUAGCGUCGUGGUUGACGUAUUGGAAUGGGUUCUGGCGGCUUGGAGAACUGGCGAGCAAUCUCAGCCAUUCUCCGAUCUCCGCUGAAGCCAUGGCCAUGAUUGGUUUAUUUUGAUUUUAUUUUUUAUGGUCAUUCAUUCAUUCACUUUGCAUAUUGGAAGCUCACAGAAGUUAUAUACCAUUCCCAUCCUUGCAUGAUAUCCUUUUCUCAAUCAUUUGACUUUAUUCCCUAUUCUACUUGUUCGAUUAUGUAGUCUAUUAUAUCGGCAAAUUAAAAUUACGACGAUUUUUACUUGU